AUGAGGAUUCAUUUAAAUGCAAAAAUAGCCUACCAAUAUUUACGUUUGUCUGCUACUCUUAUGGCUACGUGGCCAUUGUCUGAUGCAACAAAAAAAUACCGGAACGUAUUUUAUAAUAUGUUAUGGUGGCUUUACUUGACAAACCAUCUAAUAAUUUUAUACUUAACUCUAAAUACUAUAAUCACACACAAUAAAAAUCAUUUAACGGUUUUUUAUACAUGGUUAGAAAUAUCCUUCAUGACAGAAAAUAUUAUUGUUCUCGUUUCUUACAAACUGCAAGAAACUAAAUGGAAGCAACUACUUUAUACUUCCAAAAUGACGAUUAAUAGAACAGAAGAUAACAUCCGUUUAGAAAACAGUGAUUUGUAUCCAAAAGUUUUUGCGACCCUAUUCAUUUUUUUUAUUGUGAUUAUUAUUUCUUAUGUAAACAAAGCAGAAACAUACGAACGAGGUUUAAUAAUGACAACUCGCUAUCCGUUCGAAAUCAAAUCUAUUGGAUUGAAAUUAUUUCUAAAUUUGAGCCAAUUUAUCACACUUUUGCAUGCCUCUAGUAUUUUAAUAACAGAUGCAAUCGUUGUAUUGUUGCUUUACACGUGUACGAUACGUUUAAAAAUAGUCGAGCAGAAAUUUAGAGCAUGCAAGUAUUAUAGACAUCUCAAGUUACAUAUUUAUGAGCAUCAGAAAACUUUAUUGUUGAUAGAGGACACAAAUCUGUUAGUGAGCAAGACAGUACUUAAAUCGAUUGCGUCGUUUAUGUCAUAUAGUAUAGGCGGGGGGCUGGUACUGUAUAAUAAAAAUACCUCACCAUUGCAAUUGGUGCAGAUAUGCUUGGUCAUAUGUGUAAUUUAUUUAAGAGUUUAUGUUUGUGCCGAAAUCGCCGAAAAAAUGAUAUCAGCAAACGAAAGUAUAGGAUUUACGAUAUAUUUCACAAAAUGGUAUGAGGAAAGUGCCAAGGAUAUAAAUGCAAAAAAUAUAAUAAUCCAACGAUGUCAAAAAUUACCAAGAAUAUAUAUCAACGGUUUUAUGCAGUCACUCAACAGAAAUUAUGUUAGAAUGAUCACCUAUGCCACUUUCUCAUAUUUUAUGACAAUACGAAAAAUCAUCAAUAAAACUGCUAAUUGCGUUGACUGUUGA